ACUGUCGUGCAUAUGAACGAAUAUUUCCCUUCUCAAUUUACAGGAAAUAGAAGGGAUGGCUGACUCGCAUAUUGAUUACCCACCGUUGCAUUAAUUUGAAUGAACAAAGAAAAGACUAUAGCGACAAUUGAUUUGAAAAGGGAUCAUUUUGAAAUAAUCGAUUUCAUUAUAUUGUUCAAAUUUUCAUAUUCCCUUUUCCCUAAAGCACCACUGAAGCAUAGUCGGGAAAUAUUCACCAUUCACCAUCAAGGUUGUUAUUUUUCCUAUUACCAACGUUCUCUGUGAUUGGUGGAUCUCCUCUCUGGUUUUUCUGCGAGAAGUGACGACGGGUCGUUCCCACAGAACUCUGGUCCUUUCUAUUGUCCAUCAACAGUUUCUUCAAGUUUCAGUACACGAUAGCUGCACAAACAGGUAAGAUGAGUGUGGUCGAGGGAGAGGUUUUUCAUGCGGAAUGCAUCCUCAACAAACGACCAAAACAGGGCAAGUUUGAAUAUCUGGUGAAGCGAAGAGGACUGCCAUCCAAGGAACAAGAGAAGGGAAUUAUUUUAUGCAAGUAUGGCAAAAAACCAAGGGGGCGGCCACGAAAAAUUGUGGAAUUGGUUUCAGCAACAACAGAAUCAAGCAGUGCCUUAUUAUCCCUCGAUGAUGAUAUCAGUCCCAAAAUGGUGAAGCCAGACUGUCACACAUGUGAGUCUCACCCUGUUCAGCAGAAGACAGCACAGACCGUGGUGGCUAGGGAGGAGGCAAUGAAGAGAAAACAUGGGAGGAAAGCACUGCCUCCAGAGCAGAGAGCUCCAAAGCUCUUAAAACCUCCUUCUAAAGCUUUGCCCAGGCAACCCAAACCAGCCAUCAAAAAGCCACUUCUUCCAGACUGCUUCACAGGCAUAAGCCGAAGCCCCAGGGACCUUGUUGGUGUGCCGAGUGGACAGUCUAGUGGCAGCAGUGGUCAGGGCCGAGGUGCUUCCCAGCCAUCAGCAGGAUCUCUAAAUGAGCGACAGACAACUAAGAAGAGCAAGGAGCUUCCAGUAGAGCUCAGGGAUAAAAUUGUAGAAAGACAUAUUUCAGGAGAAGGGUAUAAAAAAAUUUCGAAGUCACUGAGCAUCUCUUCCAGCACAGUCAGAUCGAUCAUUCUGAAGUGGAAGGUGCAUCGUACCACUGAGACACUGCCUAGAUCAGGCUGCCCCUCCAAACUGAGUAACCAGGCAAAGAGCAGACUGGUAAGGGAAGCCACUGCGAGACCAACGGUGACUUUGAAAGAGCUAAAGAGUUCAAUCGCUGAGAUGGGGGAAAAUGUGAGUGAGUCAACGAUAUCCCGCUCACUCCACAAAGCUGGCCUGUACUGCAAAGUGGCAAAAAGGAAAGUGCAAACCAAAGGAAGGUGUCCGAUGCAAAGCCAGCAGGGCGUGUCGCCCAGUCAGUACCGUCCAUACAGUGACGUGUUGUGGUGGGAACAUUAUGUUAAGGAGAUUCUUCUUAGCAACAAGAACAAGGAAGCUUCUCAGGAAUGAGGGGAAAACAGAUGGAGCAAAGUACAGGCAAAUAACUGAGGUACUAGCUACAUGAGAACUAACAAAACUUUAAGGCUUUACUGUUAUUUUUAAAAUUGGUUUAUAUAAUGAACGUCUCUUCUAUGAUGCUUUAUGCUUCUAACUGAAGAAACUGAAAAAAUGCAUGCAAUGUUGUCUUUACCAUUGUGGUGAGAACAAGACUAUUUUAAAUUUUCAAACAAGUGAAUUGGGGAAAAAAAAAUGUGAUCAGCGCAGCAGUUGUAUGAUGGAGUGUGAAGUGUGGACAGAAGUGGGCAUUGUCAGGGUCUGAAUCAAAGAAUCAGAUUUUGUACGAUUCAAAGGUUCAUAUUGUAUUGUGUGAUUCAUAUUUGUAUUUCACUUGAUUUAGCCCACAUUAAGAAAUUUUAUGUAAUAAAAAUACAAAAAGUAGCCUAUAAAAAGGUGCAUACACAUGUUAAAAAAUCCAGAGGGACUUAAAAUGGUUAAUACAAUUCUAAGAAGACUUCAUAAUUAUGUUCAAUGUUGAAUAAAGCUAUUUCACAGUUAUUAAAGAUAAAUGAAAUUUGUAGAAAUAUACCACAAAUUGGCUAAAUAAAAUAUGGCUGAAUAAAUCGGCGAGGCCUUUAAUUUGUACAGUAAUUUGCUCUUAAUGCAACUACUUGCAUUUAACUGAACAGGAGAACUGCCUAAAAACCACUCAAAGCACGUAUACUGAUACAUGGUUGGGGGUUCACCAAUCACCAGCAAUUAAGCUCCAGCUAGCGAGAGACAUGUGACUUUCUAUCCAAUUAAACCUGGCUAGCGAUUAGUGUCACAAAGAUAUUAAUGAACAAAUCUAGAAUUACCUCUCAAAAUGCUGUGAGAGAAGUGGAAACACAUUAUAUGAUCUAUAGCUAUAUGACUUUAAGGCAUUCUGGUUUAUACAUGCAUUUUUCACAGUUUUCAAAAACCGAGGUGAUCAUUUAUAAUAUUACAGAAAUGUAUCUGUAAAAUUUUGUUUUUAAAAAUUACAGCGUUAGAAUAUGCAAUGACCAGGAAUGGAAGCAUCCACACGUAACUCAUCCAGCCUGAUUAUUUACCAAUGUACAAUUUUAGAAAGCUCAUUUGCUAAGGGUAGUUGUAGACAUACCUGCAUUUUAGUAACACUAUAUGUAGGAAGCUGUGGUGUGCAUUUUAUGCCCUUGAUUAAGCUAUUUAUGGGCCAGCCCUGCUACUAAAGCUAAAGAAUGUGCAAGCUAUGUAAAUUUUCCUAAUACAUGGAUAACUCAUUAACUCCAAAUUGGUACAAAGAAGAAGCCUUCCAAUGCAAUUCUCUAAUUCAAUCCAACACCCAGUCUAGAAAAAUGUUAUGUUUGAUAUCUGUUUUACACCCAGGUUAUAUUUAAAUUAAUUACAAGAAUACACAUUUGAUAUCUUCCAUUUAUCACCAGAGUAUAGUUUCAGUAUUCAUUCAACAUUAUAAUCUGAUUAACAUUUUCAUUUAUUAAUUGGAUGGAUUGUUAUAAUUAACACAGAUUCAUAUAACCAAUAUUAAUAUAGGAAGCUAUGAUGUGUAUUCCCCUCUUGAGAUUGUAUGGUAAAAUAUCACGCAGGUAAAGGAGAAAAUAACUGUUUUAUGCCUGACGGUUACUUUACGCUUUAGCAGUGAGCAGUGUUUCCUGCACUGAGAAAAAAGGCCAAGGAUGGGUGUUCUAGUGUGCUUUCUUACAUUAUCAUACCUUUAACAAUGCAUGCCAAUUAAUCAGUGCUCUUAUGCACACACUGCAUUUAAUGCAAGUUUUAUUUAGCACAUCAAAAGCAGCUCUCAUACUCCAGUUAAAGUUGUUAGUUGUGCUGUUCUGUCAAAUUAGACACUUUCCCCUGUGAUAGAAAUGUACCCAGUUGUAUCCAAGACAAUCAAAUUAGACACUUUCCCCUGUGAUAGAAAUGUGUCCAGUUGUAUCCAAGACAAUCAAGCAAGUAAACAUGCUCUCAUUUGCAA